AUGGAGCACCUUAUGGAAACUGAGAAGAAGAAGUAUAAUUUACGGUCGCUUCCCGGGGAGCGUCGGGGCGCAUCUGGAGCCGAUGCUGGGUGCCACAGCAUGCGAACCAUCGGUGGUGGGACGUUGAGCAGGCGGACUCUCACCAAACAAUCUACUACAGCCGGUCGAGGUGAGCUGAGCAGGCGGGCUCAUCGCGUAGAAGCUACAGCCGGUCGUAAUGAGUUGAACUGGCGGACUCAUGACGUUGAGGUCACAGCCGAUUCUUCAGGCGAUGAUACAAAAACAUUAUCUUCUUCCAUCCCUCAAACUUGCCUUCCAUACAUGACAAGAAGAACAGCAAGAUUAGCAAGCACUAGCACCAAUAACGCGUAUGCUAUGCAACGCCGAUCAACCGAGCGAUUACCUUCACCCUCACUUAGUACCACACAGUCAGAACAUUCACUCUUCUCUAAUAUACCAUCACCGUCUUCAACCCAUAGCUUAUUUCGAUCACCCACCUCAUCACUAUCAUCUACUUGUACAUAUUCAUCCCGAACUACAAGGUCAACGGCUGCUGUGCAGGAGGCAUUAGCCACUAACCCUGUACCCACUGCUGGCCCUUCUCGUACGCGAAAGAAAUGGACUGAAGAUAUGAACCGUUUUAUAUGGCGUACAUACCUUUUAAUAACAAACUGCGAGACUUCACAAAUGAACAACUAUUUAGAAGCUUUGCAUCGAGAAUUUGACAAUAGAUAUCCCGACAUGCAUGCCACUCGACAACGAUUAGGAGACCAAAAAAGAGCCAUAAUUAGAAGAAAAUUACUGCCACAACCUAGAAUAGCAGAUCAAAGAAGACUAAUAUUCAUUAAUAAAACAUACACUAAGAGAAUAAAUAAAUUAAAGCACGAAGUACAGUUAAAGCUAACAGAUCAAAAUAACCAAAUUUUACCUAACCUAAACGAUUCUAUUACUGAACAAACACACAACACACACGAAAGCCUAAUAGACUGUACACUAACACUGACUGAAACAACCACAACAACUAAUGCACAGAAUGAAAACAUCACGAUUCAUAACACGGAUAGUAAUAGUACUUUAGAUAGUAAUAGGAUAGAAAUAGAAUUUAAUAAAGCUCUUACACGUUUCAAUAUAAUUGAUCCAGAAGCAAGACCAUAUAUUCCAAAACAAAAGACGUCACGAAAAUUUGCUAAAAUUACUCAAUUUCUAAAUAUCAAUAUUUUACCGAAACACUUAAACCACGAAUUAGACUUUAGUUCAUUACACACCUUAAUAUAUUCAGCAGCCUAUACAGCUGCUAUUUGUAACGGCACUAAAUUCAGCACUGAAGAUAGUAUAACCACUUAUAAACGGAAUAGGACGCCUGCGUGGCAAAGAAGAAUUGAAAGCAGAAUAGAAAAAUAUAGAUUAGAAAUAGGAAGAUUAACACAAUACAUGUCAGGAAAUAGAGGUCAGAGAAUACUAAAAACUGUAGAGGAAAUAAAGAAUAAAUAUAAAACUCAUUCACAACACGAAGAACCUAACACAGAACCACAACAUUUUCUUGACACACUAAAACAGAAAUUAAACGCGACCGCAAAUAGACUUAAAAGAUAUUUAAAUUGUACUAAACGGAAACAGCAAAAUGGAAACUUCAUAAAUAAUGAAAAACAGUUUUAUAGAACCCUAGGACAUAAUAAUCAAAUAACAUCAAAAACUACAGAAAUCCCCUCACCACAAAACCUUCAUCAAUUCUGGGCUGGCAUUUGGGAAAACCCAGUGCAACACAACACUCAUGCCGACUGGUUACAAAAAAUAGCAGACACAUCAAACAUUAACCAAAUGGAGUUUGAAAACAUCCCAGUUGACACAUUCAUUCAGAUCAUCAAUCGCACACAUAACUGGAAGGCACCAGGCACCGACAAUAUACACAAUUACUGGUAUAAAAAAUUAACCUGCACACACCCAUUCGUCCACAGUCACAUUUGCAAAUUCAUUCAAUCACCGCACACUUUGCCAACAUUCAUAACACAAGGAAUCACAUACAUGCUACCAAAAGGUUCAGACUCCAAAAAUCCUGCAAAUUACAGACCUAUCACAUGCUUGCAAACUAUUUAUAAAAUUAUUACAAGUUGCAUUAGCGAAAUUAUUUACAGACACUUAAAUGAAUACAACGUGCUGGCAGAACAACAAAAGGGGUGUAAAAAAAAUAGCCAAGGUUGUAAAGAACAAUUAAUCAUAGACUCAAUAGUAAUGAGACAAGCCCAAACUAAAAAUAGGAACAUCCAUAUGAUGUACGUCGAUUACAAGAAAGCAUUUGAUUCGGUCCCCCAUAGUUGGUUAUUAUAUGUAUUGGACCAUUAUAAAAUUCACCCUUGUCUCAUAACAUUCUUAAGCACAGCCAUGCUUCAUUGGAAAACUAAAUUAAAAUUAAUAAAUAACGAGUUAACCACUGACUUGAUAAAAAUUAAAAGAGGCAUAUUUCAAGGAGAUGCGCUUAGCCCGCUUUGGUUUUGUAUGGCACUCAACCCCUUAUCUGAACUGCUAGAUAGUACAAAUAUAGGAUUUAAAUUAAGAUGCAAUAACUCAUUCCACAUACUCUCACACUUACUUUACAUGGGCGAUAUUAAAAUUUAUGCAACUAAUAACACUGAACUUAAUAAACUAACUGACAUUACACAAUCAUUCUCGACAGAUAUUCAUAUGCAAUUCGGGGUAGACAAAUGUAAAACUCACUCAAUCAACCGCGGCAAGACAGAAUACAAUUUUUAUACACUUGGUACAGGUGAACAAAUAGAACCAAUGGAUGAACAUACGACGUAUAAAUAUUUAGGAUUCCGCCAGUCUAGACAGAUUCAGCAAAAACAGACAAAAUUAGAGUUAACACAGAAAUUCAAAGCCAGAAUAAGUCAGAUUUUGAGAACCCAAUUAAACUCACGCAAUACCAUCAAAGCCAUCAACACGUAUGCAAUACCAGUUCUUAUUUAUUCGUUUGGGAUUUUAGCCUGGUCCCAGAGCGAUCUCAUUAAAUUACAGCGCACAAUCAACACACACAUGACAACCAAUAGGAAACAUCACCCCAGAUCGUGCACACAACGGCUUACAUUACCACGGCAAGAUGGAGGGAGAGGUCUCAUCGACAUACAGAAUCUACACAACAAUCUUAUAGAUAAGUUACGCAAAUAUUUUUACGCCCAAGCCGGACAAUCCCAUCUUCAUAAAUUCUUAACCGAUAUAGACAAAAAAUUAACUCCGCUCAACUUAAACGACACAAACAUUCAACCAAAAUUAUUGAGCAAACAGCAGAAAAUAGACUUAUGGGCACAAAAGUCUCUACACGGCAGACAUCUCGCCGAUCUCAGCCAAACACACGUCGAUAGAAAAGCGUCGAACGAGUGGCUGCGACGCGGAGAACUCUUUCCAGAAACCGAGGCUUUUGUGAUCGCUAUUCAGGAUCAGGUUAUCGAUACUCUUAACUAUAAAAAACACAUAAUCCGUACCCCUAACCUUCCUACCGACUUAUGUAGACGAUGCCAUAGCAGUUCCGAAACCAUCCAACACAUCACUGGUUCUUGUAAAUCUAUUGUACAAACUGAUUAUAAACACAGACAUGACCAAGUUGCAGCAAUAAUCCAUCAAAAUCUAGCUCACAAAUACUCAUUUAUUUAA